GCGAACUACCCAACAAAGGUGCGGGACUAGAGAACCUCGGAGCGGUGCGGCAGCAGGACAACGGCAGAGGAUACACUGAAUGAAAACGAAGGGCUAAAUAGCCAGGUUAUAUUUUAAAUGUUUUAUAGAUAUGAACGAGAGAAGCCGUCUGCUUCACCACCAAAAUAACCGAAACGUUGUUGUUCUCGUUCCUGCCAAAGAACUGCUUUUUCACUUGAAAUCCUCGAAAACCUGGCUGGGUCCUACGGAGUCCAUUUCAGCUGGUCCCACAGAGAGCAGAAUGGAUGGAAAACCCCAGGUCUAGCGACCCGCUCAGUCAUCCAAACCGAGAAGGACGAAAGUACAGCCAGCCGAACGUUUUAUAACUGCAAGAGGGCAGUGAACAAGCAGCGGGGAGUCAUUUCACCUCUCCAGGUUACAGCCGCCUAUUGUUUUUCCACACAUUCCGGUGGUGUGAUGCUCCCUUAGGUUUGACUGCAUACAGCAUCAGCGGAGGAGACAUGGGUGAAGUUCAGGACGCCAGGGAUGCGAAGAGGAGCUUCGUCGCUCCGGCGAUAAAGUCCUUUGAACAUUAUGACUUUUCCAGAGCCAAAAUCUGUUGCAGCCUCAGAUGGCUGGUGUCCAAGGCAUAUGGGACAGACAGCAUCCCUGCAGAACUGAAGGACCCCUUCUACACUGACCAGUAUGAACAGGAGCACCUGAAGCCCCCUUUGGCAAGCCUCCUGCUAUCUGCUGACCUGUACUGCAGGGCCGGCAGCCUCAUCCUGAAGAGGGAUGCUGCCAAGCCGCUGCUGGGUCACGAUGCUGUUAUUCAGGCACUGGCUCAGCGUGGUCUCUACAUCACGGACCAGGAGAGACUGGUCACUGAGAGGGACCUGCGUAAAAGGCCUCUGCAAAUGGGCGCCCACUUGGCCAUGAUUGACACUCUGAUGAUGGCCUACACAGUAGAGACUGUAAGUGUGGAGAAAGUAAUGGCCUUCAUUCAUCAGUAUUCAUCCUGCCAUUCUGUGGAGGAGAGACCAUAUGAUACAGAGGACACAUUGACAACCUGGAUUAACAAGGUAAAUGAAUUUCUCAAAGAUGCUGUUGCUCAGCAGCAGAAGAAGGAGACACAGAGUGCUGAGCAGACUGGGAGUCCCCGGUCUCCAACCAAGUGGUACAUGAAGCUUGUACCUGCUCGCUAUAGGAAAGAGCAGGCCUUGACCCAGCCUGCUCCCUGGAUCCCCCCAGUGGACAAUCUGCUUAAGGACAGCACAGACGGCUCGGCCCUGGGUUCACUGCUGCAUUUCUACUGCCCUCAGCUGCUGUCACUGGACGAUGUGCGUCUAAAGGAGAACAUGAGUCUGGCUGACCGUCUCUACAACCUGCAGCUCAUACAGGACUUCUGCAAAGACAACCUGAACAGCUGCUGCCACUUCAGCCUGGAGGACAUGCUCUACGCGUCGUCAACCAUCAAGAAUAACUACCUGGUGUUUAUGGCGGAGCUGUUUUGGUGGUUUGAGGUGGUUAAGCCAUCUUUUGUAAAGCCAAGAAUGCCUGACAAUGAAGGCAAAGAACCCUCAUCCAUAUUGAAAAAUAUGCCUUUCAUUCCAAUCUCCAAAGCUACGAAAAGAAGCUUCAUGGAAAGCCCUCCAAGUCCUGAAAGACCCAGUUUACCCCUUCGACCCCAGCCUCAUAACACAGGAGAGAUCAAGAGGUCAAGCUCAAUGUCCUUUGUUGAUGGCAACCUAGGCACAUGGCCCAAAGAGAAAAGGUCUGGGCCUUACGGAGUGUCGUUUGACAUCCCCUUUGACAAAGAGGAUGCUGCUCCUGGUGCAGCUUCCUCUACACAUGGAAUGGUUAGGUCUAUCAGCACUGAUGAUGGUUCUGGUUUCAAGGUCCACCACAUGCCUCGUGGAAUGAAGAGGAACCUGUCGUUCCAGCCGGUGAAUGGUCAGAGCAUUGGUAUCCAGGAGGAAGGCUGCCCAGAUAGCCUCGCAGGAAUGGAGUCCUGCACGCAAGUAUUCCCUAACGGGCAUGGAAGUGUCAUAGCUUCAGCUCCUUCCAUGGAGGAAGCCCUCCAGAACUUCCACAGCCCAACUAGGCUACCUGUAGAGGGCAUCAACAAUGGUUUCUUCCUGCACAACCAAGACGCCGGGGAUGGUGCUGGAGGCUUGAACCCUGUGUCAGAGUCAGAUUCCAAAGAACCUUUGAGCACCACAGAUACCACGGAAGUGGACACUGGCAUCCAUAUCCGAACAGAAGACAUGCUGGAUGAAGAUUCCUCUUUGAAAGACUGCUCUGUGAACAUGGAUCUGGAUGUGGACACACCAAGCCCCUGUCCAAGUAAUCAGAGCAAAUCCCUCUCAGGAACAAAGAUGACCAGCUUUGCUGAGCAGAAGAUGAAGAAGCUCAGUCCAUCAGCUCCAGAUUCAGGCAGGGGCAGCAGCAGCUCCAUGAAGACCACUCCGGAGGGCUCAGAGUUUGCCCUUCCACUGUCAGUGUCCUGGGCACCUACACCUGAGCACAGCCCCAUCCGCCAACAAUCCACAGCAGCCCAUACUGCUCAGGUGACACCCACAUCUGUCCAGCUUCCACCGAAUGACCCUGCACAAGUCAUGGCUACAGAGAUGGUGCAGUUGAGGAUAAGGCUUGAAGAGAAACGGAAGGCUAUUGAAGCUCAAAAGAAGAAAGUGGAGGCUGCUUUUACGAGGCAUCGGCAGAAGAUGGGCCACUCAGUAUUCCUAAAUGUGGUAAAGAGGAAAGCUGAUGGGGCUGCUAGUGGGGAGGAAGCUGAUGGAGAAGGAAAGUCGGCAAGCACCAGUCCCACAUUUAAAUUUGGCAGGAGCAAGGCAAACACACCUGAUGGAGCAGAACAAAGCAGCACACCUUCUUGUUGGCAGAAGACAGCAGUUACAGGGGACGAGGGUGGACAAAGCCAAGCUCAGAUUACAGAAGCAGAUCUCUCAGAGUAUACGCGUUCUAUCGAAAAGCUCAACCAUUCUUUAGCAUUUCUCCAAGCUGAGAUGCAACGUUUAGCUCAGCAGCAGGAAGUAAUCAUGGCCAUGAGAGAACAACAGCAUCAGCAAGCAUGGGUCAUUCCCCCACACCAUUCAAACCCCUCGCCUCAGAAAAAUCCUCGAACAGGAGCUGUUACUCGCUCUUCAGGACCUUCUUCUCCUGUCAACUCACCUUGUUCCACCCAUCGCUCUCCAACCAGCAUCAAACGGAAAUCUGCUUCCUUCCACUCACGCAAUCCUCGCACCGCUCGACCCAGUGAGCUCAAGCUGGCCCCAUAUAGCCGUGUCCUGACUGCCCCGCAGUCAGUCGACAGCAUCCCAAGGCUGCGCAGGUUUUCUCCUUGCCAGCCUUUGAUGAGCUCUUUUAUUUACAUGGGGGAGAAGCCAGCAGCUACCAGUCCAGAAACAAUAGGCCAAGACGAGGAUAACACCAAGGAGACAGAUUCAGUCCUGUCCCCCGAGAGGGAUCUGGCAAGUAUAUGUGCUGCCAGCUCACCUCCCAGCUCCCCCAACCUGCAGACCAAACGAGAUCAAAGUGAAGUAAAUAGGGCCCAUGAACAGAUUUUAGACACUGUAAAAGAUGACCAGAGCAACAAAGUUAAGAAAUCAUUUUUCAAACUUAAGCCUACAAUUGAGUCUUCAUUCCCUGAGGUUCUGGCCCACCCUGUGGUAGAGACCUUCACAGUGACGCCUACAGAGAUACCUUCAAGGCCAGAUCCCUCCAGCCAGGCCAAAAGCAGUCUGGUUGAGGUUCCUCUGUCAGUCAUGAAGCCAGUGGAUGAUCUGACAAUUGAUGAUGGUUUGGGGAUGGAGCAAGACAGUACUGAGAGUGUGGAUGAUGAGCAAAAGCUAUGCCGUGGAUUCUUUUUCAAGGAGGAUGGAAAGGCUGAGGAGAACAUGGCACAGAGGAGAGCUGCACUGCUGGAGAAAAGGAUGAGGAGAGAGAAAGAGAGCCAGAUAAGGAAGAUGCAGCUGGAAGCCGAGUUGGAACAGAAGAAAGAGGAAGCUCGCCUGAAAGCUGAGGAGGAGCGUGUCAGGAAGGAGGAGGACAAGGCCAGGAAGGAAUUCAUCAAGCAGGAGUACCUCAGGAGGAAGCAGCUGAAGCUGAUGGAGGACAUGGACACCGUCAUCAAACCUCGACCAGCCAAGCAGAAGCGGGGCCGACCCAAAUCCAUUCACCGUGACACCAUGGACUCCCCAAAGGCGCCUGUGAGAGCUGCAACAGGUUCACGUCAGCGUUUCUUUUCAGUCUCCAGCCUGUCUCUGGCUUCGCUGACCUUGGGCGACAGCGACAGUGUUCACUCAGACAAAAGAGCUCCAAGAAGCUCUAGUUUAGCCUCUAGCAGUCUCUUCUACUUUCUGAGCUCUCCCAAACAGAGAAGGAGAUGGCCAGACUCUGCAGAUGGCUUUCUUUCACCAAGUUGCUCCAGCAGCAGGAAUGGAGAAAAAGACUGGGAAAAUGCCUCAACCACCUCUUCUGUUACAUCCAACACAGAGUAUACUGGACCGAGGCUGUACAAAGAGCCCAGUGCCAAAUCUAACAAGCACAUAAUACAAAAUGCUCUGGCUCACUGCUGCCUCGCAGGCAAGGUCAAUGAGGGGCAAAAGAACAAGAUCCUGGAGGAAAUUGAAAAAUCAGAGGCCAAUAACUUCCUGGUUUUGUUCCGGGAUUCUGGCUGCCAGUUUCGAUCUCUCUACACCUACUGCCCCGAGACAGAGGAGAUCAACAAGCUCACAGGCAUCGGUCCAAAAACCAUCACACGCAAGAUGAUCGACGGACUCUACAAGUACAACUCGGACAAGAAGCAUUUUAGUCAGAUACCGGCAAAGACCAUGUCAGCCAGCGUGGACGCUGUGACCAUUCACAACCACCUCUGGCAGGCCAAGAAGCCACCCACCCCUAAAAAAGUAGUGCCUGCACAGUCCUAAUAGAACUCUAUUCCCCCAAUCAGUACCCAUCUCAGUUUGCACUUCGCUGUACAUAUCCAUAACGAUUCCAACACCUGCAAUGCCAGUUUGAUCAAUGUAUAUUUGUCUUUUUAUGUUAAUUUCUCCUCUCACUGCAUUCCUGUCCCUGUCUAUCCUGCAUACUAUGGACUCAAUGUGACAGGAUGCAUCAGAUUAUGAACAUCUGGAAUGUAGGUUACUGUUAAACAAGGGAUUGACAACAUUUGAAUCAGUCUAUGAAGGUAUGUGCAAGUAUCGUUUGGUUUUUUUAUGUGCCAAAAGUCAAAGAAGAGACAGUAUGAAUGCAAGGACAUUUUAUGUGGAACACUGAAGCACUGAAUGUUUUCAUAUACAGAUCGAUCUCUGCUUGUAUUAACUUGUUGAUGUCUGGCCUUAUGCACAUUUAUUUCUGUGUCUGUGUGAGUGCAUCGAAGGAAUUACUAAGCAGAAACUUUUUAUUUGUUUUCAAGGACGCCUCUUUAAUGUGUUUGGAUUUAACAGUUUGUAUGAAAGGACAAAAAAAAAAAAAAACCUAACUAAUUGCAUACAGCUAGUGUUAGCCACACGGUUCAUGUGUGCUCAACUCAACAAAGCCAAGCGGUUUCAGUUUUUACAGAACACUGUUUGAGGAAGCAAUCAUCAGGAAUGGAGAAUGUCGCUGUAGCUCACUGGUGCUCAACCUGUGUCAACCACGAAACCUACAGACAAUUCAUGCCAUGAUCUCUUUUCACUGGGUGAUGCAUUAUACCAAGUUGCAUUAAGCAACCCAGUGGUGGGAGAACUUCCUGGUUUAUCGUGAAUGAUUUAGACAAAGUGGUUGAGAAUCACUGUUUUAAAUUACGUUGCUAAAGUUUCACACCCGGUUUGGGAACAAAGCAAGACCUUAAAGCUCAGUAUUAUUUUAUUUCUUAAAAGCAGCAAACACCACCAUGUAGAAACCUUAUAAUCUAUAAUUAUAUUUUACAAAACACUUCCAGCUGCUGGUUUGAGAAAUAUGACUGAAAUUCAAGGAGUAAGUGCUGCUUAAUAAUGUCUACACUCAUGAAAACUGUGAGGCAAUUCCACAACACACUAAAAUGUAGUAGAUUUGUAGAGCAAAGAAUGUCUUCAGUUCAGAUAAUUUCUUCCUCCAUGAAAUAGGUCAACCAUGCAUCCAAGUAGUGCCAAAUCCUUAAGAAAAUGUCCAAUAAAAAAAUAAGUUGCCAUAUGUCUGCAUUUAUUGAUCUUUUUUGCACAAAUAGGUUUUAUUAUUAGUUAUUAAGUUGUGAGUGUGUGUAGCGGCAGACUAUUUGUCUGAUGUCUUUAAACGCAACAUGUAUUAAAAAGGGCAAUAGCGUGGUAAAUACAGCUAUAUUCCUUGCUUUUAAAAAAAUGAAGGUAAACAUAUGAUGCCAGGAAGGGAAGUGCAGGUGGAUCCAAGCUGCUGAAUACGGGUAGAGACUCACUCUCGGGUUUUAUUGGUGUCAGCAACGUGUUAUUUUUGUGUCCGAAUGUCAAAUUAACACCAUGUGUGAUUUGUUUACUAAAUAAAUCCUUAAACAUUGUGCUAUUAUUUUCCUAAGAGUGUGUCUGCGUGGGAGGGGGGUAUUUAUUACCAAAAUAAAGCAUGUACAUGUUUUUAAAAAAUGUCAUCUAUGGUAACAGAGAGAAAGAUCAGUCCACAGGAAGCUCUGUCCACAGACUUUUGGCUGUUUAAGGCCAAGGGGAAAAUAUAAUUUAAAGUGUAAUGAUACUGUACAUUGUGUUCAUGUGAGCUUUCUGUUUGCUAUGAUGCCUUUGUUUGUGCUGUUGUUUAGCAAUAAGCAGUAGUUCCAUUUUUGAAUUGGUUUCACUUUUUUUUGCAAUUAAUAAACUUCAGCAUGGCCUCA